UACUUUAGGUCAUCAUUGAAUGCUACCUCAUGUAAACAGACGCACGACUUCGCUGCGCUGCGCCACCUCUACUUUUUUCAAAUUUUCGAUUGUGUGGCCCGAUAACUGGAGACUUUAUCCAUGAGUCGCAUCCCUAACCCAUUCGCCGGUGGUGCAGGGCAGCAGCAACAGGGACCCCAGAGCAGCUCGAGCCCUGGCCACCAGCAGGGUGCCCAGGCAACCUCUACCCCAGGCUUCCUCAUCAUGACCAGGCCACCCUCGGGCUCCAACAGGUAUGGUGGCAGGGGCUACAAUACUCACAAUUCAACCUCCCAACAUAACCCCAAUCAGCAGAAAAAUAACUUCAUACCUUUCUCGUCAAAUGGUGGAAAUAACUCUAGUCAGGAAGGUAACAGGCGAGGAGGUGGUGGUGGACGUGGCAGAUUUAAUCAUGGAGGCGGUGGAAGAAAUUUUUCCGCUCAAGGAAGCCCAAGGUUUGCUUAUCCCUUCCAACAAUCUCCAGCGAGAAUAAAUAACCCAUAUGGGCAAAAUCAGGGUUUUGCAAAUACUCCAAGGAACAGACAAAAUAAUAAAAGUGGGGCUAGGUAUAGUGAUACGCAUGACAGAGCAUUUGGAGACCAGAAGAAAUUUAGCUCGAAUGGUAAUUCAAGACGCGGAAGAGAUAGAGGCCCACUCAGUGAUGUUCCAAUUGAUAAAUUUGUGUCAAAUAAUAUGAUACAAGAUCCAUGGGCUGAGUUUGAUGAUGAUGUAGAUGAUAAUUUGCCUCAGCAUCCCCAAUCGAGUCCAGUUUUAGUAACUUUAGAUGACUCGGAAAUAGUUAUUGACUCUGACGCAAGUGUGAUUGUUGAGAAUUCGUAUGAAGAAGGAAUAAGUGGUACAGAAUGUGACAGUUCACCUGUGCAUGAUACUGGAAGUGACUCGCCAUACGUUGCUACAUCUUCGACCUCAGAGAAAGAUACAGGAAGUGAUUCUACUAGUGAUGCAUAGUAUUGUCCUUUUGGCAAGAAAUAUUAACAGCUGUCCUGUGGUUAAACUAUAUUGCAGGGUAUUGGAAAGUUGUUUCCUUGAAUGUCUGCUGUUGUGAAAUUUAUUUUAUCGAAUUAGGUGCUAUAUAGUCUUAUGGGCUUGGUGCCCACUUGGAUAAUUACUUAUUUAUUAAAUUAAAUGAUAAUAUAUUGGAACACAAAAUUUUAAGGAAAACUUGUAUACCUUGUAUGUCUGUCAAGGUAUUAUUUAUUUUACAUUUUUAUUACAUUUAAUGAAAUUGUUGUGUAUGAUGGGAAAUUUGGUUAAAACAAAAUUUGUAUAUAAAUUUUAUAAUGUAGCUAUUGUUGUAGCUAGCUGUUGCCUUAGGUCGUUAAUAGUUCUCAUAAUUUAAUACUUGACAAAAUCUAGGCAGUCAAACAUAUCAAUAGGCAAAAAACCUUUGAAGACAAUUAAGAUUUUUUUUUAAUGUAAACAGGAAAGGAGUUGAAUUCAAUAGUAAUCUUUGAGGUCAAGGAAACUGAUUAUUGCUAGGUGUCAUACUAGCUUAUUAAAAAUAUUAAAGUACAAAAAAUAUGAACAGAAUGUACAAACUUAUCAAUCAGUUAAUAAUAUCUAGAUUUAUAUACCAUUUUGCAGAUUUCUAGUUAAAAGGAUUCUUUGCUUUUUAAUGGGAAUAAGUUAUGUAGCUAUACAUGUUAAAGACAUUUUAUACACUUGUGUAAACUUUUUAUUUGUUUGACAUAAAUAUCUAUUGAAACUAGUGAAGAUUAGUUUUGCAAAGUCUUGACUGUUUUGAUACCUGCUGCUGUUUGGUGGAUAUUGCCUGUAACACUAUGCUAAUUUAUUGUGACUGUUGAGGUUAUGACUAGAAUGCAAUAAGAUAUUUUGAAUAAAACAUAACACAUAAUUAUAGACAAUGAGUCGUAGUAAUGUGGCUGAAGAUACGAUGACCAAACUACACAUUAGAAGAUGAAGAAACGAUGACAUUUCGAUCCGUCCUGGACCAUUAUCAAGUCGACACACAAUAUGAUAAUGAUCCAUGAUGGACCGAAACGUCAACAUUUCAUCUUCUAAGGCGUGGUUUGGUUAUCAUAACACAUAACUAAAAACAUUUAAUAUAAUACUACAUUUUAAUUUAUAUUUAUUAUUGUUACAGUACUAACAUUAAUGAUAUUUUGAUCACACAAUUUGAAUUUGGGUAAGAGAAAUAUGUACUGUACUUUCUACUGCUAAUUGAUUAAGUCCAUUGUUGGUACAGCAAAAUACAUAAUGAUACUAGAUAUAUCCUAUCCUAUGGUUUUCAGUAAGAAAUUAGUAAAAUAAGUACAGUACAGUAUGUAUGCAUACUUAUGAUUUUUAACUUAACAUUGAAAGAUAGGUGUGUGACACUAAAAUUCAUAAAUAUAUUUAUAAAUUUUAUUAUUAAAUAAUGUUUUCUUAAGAAAAUUUUGUGCACAAUUUAUGAAUGGCUGUAGAAUAUAUUCAUAGACAAAUUUAGUUAUACUAUAUGUAUAAGAGUGAUUUUCACAUUUACACAUUGACCAGAAGGCUAGCAUAGGGUGUUUCAAAUGACAGCUAGAUUAAGAUGUCACAACAAGGGGAAAUUUGAAGAUGACAAUAUAUUGAUAUCUUACAAAAAUAAUUAUGAUAGUACUGUAACUAGUACUGUAUUCAGUCAUAUUAUAUUUAAAAAUGUCCAUCCAGCCUACAACCCAAAUUUUUUUUACAAAGUUAUUUGCUCAGCUGUUUCUUUUAUUAUUAUUAAACCUGCACAUCUUGAAGCAAGAUGCUUAGUUUUAUCCUCCUGGAGAGGUAAAUACUCAGUGUGGUGUAAUACAUUUUAAAGAUACUGUACUGUAUUUAGAGAUAUACAUACAGUAUAAGAUUGUAUUUUUUUGUAAUACUUAAAUGCUUGUGUAGGACAUUUUUUAGUAUUAAAUGUGCAAUUUAAGAA